AUUGGAUAUCUACACGGUAUACCAAUCUUAUCCAUUUCUCUCUCUCCUCUCUCUCAUCCUUCAAACAAAAAUUGUGGACCUACUAUUUCCCAUGAUAUUUAUUUUUAAGGCCCAACCAUUGGAUCCACAUUCGUAGAGACCCAUUUCAAGGGAACAACUUUUUUUUUGGUCAAAGCGGAAAAUUCUAGGGGAACUUCUAAAAUCCCCAUGUCCCAUUUAUAUUUUUCCUUCCUUUUCGUUUCUUAUCCUUGUGGUUACCUUUUCCGCUCUCUCUCUCUCUCUCUCUCUCUCUCCUUUAAGCAAGCAACUCGCCUUCCAAUAUUUCCUUGUAAAAAGAUAAUCAAAACCCAUCAGUAGUUUUCAAGGGUACCGGAUCGAUCCAAGAAAUUCGUGUUCUUUGGAUCCCCUCGAUUUCUGGGUUCAAUUAAAGAUUUGAAUUUUGAUAGGGGUUUGUGUUGAGCAGUGGAAUUGAAAAUGGCGAAGGCUGUGAUGAGCAAGACCUGUACGUUCUCGUCCUCUUGUUCUUCGAUUCAACAUCACAAUAAUGGGGUCUCUUCCUUUCCGGUUGAAUCAGCCAUGGUUUCUUCUGGAAUGGAGUUUCCUUCUCUGAAGAUUGCAACUUUUUCCAGGAAAGGGAAUACCAGACUUUCUCCUCCUUCUCCUCUUUAUGCACAGAUGGCCACAGGUCUUAUUGGGAAAGCUCAAAAAUGGUGGGAGAAAGGGCUUCAACCAAAUAUGAAAGAAAUAAAUGGUGCCGGAGAUCUUGUGGAAUCCCUAUUGAAUGCUGGGGACAAACUGGUGGUUGUUGAAUUCUUCUCUCCUGGCUGCGGUGGUUGCAAAGCCCUUCAUCCCAAGAUGUGUCAAAUUGCAGAGAUGAACCCGGAAGUGCAGUUUCUGCAGGUGAACUACGAGGAGCACAAAUCCAUGUGUUACUCGCUGAAUGUCCAUGUUCUCCCCUUCUUCCGUUUCUACAGAGGUGCUCAUGGUCGUCUUUGUAGCUUUAGCUGCACGAAUGCCACGAUCAAGAAAUUCAGAGAUGCAUUGGCGAAGCAUAGCCCAGAUCGUUGCAGCCUGGGACCACCGAAAGGGCUCGAUGAGAAAGAACUGCUAGCGCUUGCAGCCAACAAAGAUCUCUCCUUCAAUUACACACCCAAGCCAGAGCAACCAUUGCUUGUUCCUACCCAAGAAGAGAUCGUCCUAGCUGAAAAAUCACCAGUUCCAAUGCCGGCUUCUCUUGCAGAGGGAGAACCUCCACUAUCUCUUCCUCUGCCGCUUCCAUUGCCAAUUACUUCAAUUGCAGCUCAACAUAAAAACUUGGUCACAUCGGGAAGGUAAUGAAGAGAGGACUAUUCCAACCGGUGGCACAUUUGCUUUUGUACAAAUUUAUUUUGGUGCUUUGGUCUUUUACCUGUAAAAAAUCUUGAAGAACUAAUUAGUAUGAAGUAUGUCAAAUGUAUGCGUUUGGUCCCCAGUUGAGUUUAAGGCUUCAGGAUAUAUUUUUGUUUGGAUCCAAGCCUGCGAGGUGCUGGGAACCCUUAUAGGAGAGUGAGUAACUAGUAGCUAUGUAAUGUUUCCUUUUUCUUUGUUGGCUGUUUGUAAAGUGAUUUUGUAUCAACUGGUUACAGCUUUCUUGGUAGCAGAAGCUUGUUCCUGUUUUU